UAGACCUUACAUGACAAUGGGUACAUUAAAAGAACAAGUGAUUUAUCCAGACACACUACAAGAUAUGCUAGCGAAAGGGAUCACUGAACAAGACUUAGAAGCUUGUUUAACUCGAGUACAUCUUUACCAUUUAAUCCAAAGAGAAGGCGGUUGGGAUGCAAUGGCUGAUUGGAAGGACGUUUUAUCAGGAGGAGAAAAACAAAGAAUGGCGUUUGCUAGAAUAUUUUAUCAUAAACCUUCUUUCGCCUUACUAGAUGAAUGUACUAGUGCUGUCAGUAUAGAUGUUGAAAGUGACAUGUACCAAUCAGCUAAGGAUUCUGGAAUCACUUUACUUACUAUUACACAUAGACCUUCAUUAUGGAAAUUCCACUCUCAUAUAUUACACUUUGACGGCGAAGGUGGAUGGAAAUUGACGUGCCUUGGUGAUAUGGAAAAAAAUACUGGAGUACUCUCAAUUGAACCAAAAAAUGAUAAAAUGGUGAAUGGUGUUUAAUGGGAAAAUCAAAAACAUAUCUUGCCUAUCUUAAAUUAAUUAUUUAUAAAAAUGUGAUUAUUUAUUUAAAAUUAUAUGUUAUUUAGGCUAAAAAAAAAAGGCUAUAAAGUGAUAUAUGUGAAUAUUUCAUGUCUUCCAUUUUUAUGUUUAGAGUGAAGAUAUGAAAUAAUUAGUUUUAAAAAUUGUAUAGAUAGAUAUAAUGUUUUUAUUUUACAUUCAAUAUUCUUUUUAUUGAAUUAUUGAUUCUUAUGUAUUUAUAAAUAUAUUGUGGUAUAUGUAUUAUAAAAAAAAAACUUCACAACACCUUGUUAAUAUAUUUUUAAAGAAAAAAAUGAAUAAAAGCUUAUGACAUUUUACUUAAACAGAUUAAAUUUCUCCACAAAAUUAAAAAUAAAUUUGAAUAAUUUAAUUUUAUCAAAAUAACCUCGCUUAGUUGUGAUCAAAUUUUAAAAUGCAAACUGUUGAAUAUAGUGAAUUUUAUUUAAAAGAGUUAAUGUUACUUAUCAAGUAGAUGUUUUUCUCUUUAUCAACAUUUUCUCGGCGUAAAUUCAUUGUAAAAAUAUAGAGCGUGUUCAGUAAGUAAGGAAACAGAUUUUUAUUGUUCUUAUUAUUUGUAACAACUGACCUGAUUCCUUACUUACUGAACACUCUAUUUAUCAUUAUUUUAUAUACCUAAUUUUAGCUCUGAUUAACAAUAAAAAAUAUUUUUUUGUACUAUA